UUCAGCCGAGAUUUCCUUGUUUGUUAUGGAUGCGAUGAUUUGGUCUUUAUGAGUUUACGUCCAUAACAAAACUAUAUGAUUUAACUGGUACAAUCUUUUUUUAAGUAAUAUAUUACUUCAUAAUCACUGUAAACAUGACGACAAUGAACGAAAAUUCUCUACGGAAAGUCCUGGCGAAGAUUUAUAAAUACAGGGAUCUGACCGCACGCGACUUAAACGUGACGUCUCACUAUAAAGAUCUUAAACCUGUGUUGGACCACUACGUGUUCAAUGAUGGCUCUACCAAAGAGCUGCUGAGUCUCACAGGAACGGUGCCAGUAAACUACCGAGGAAAUGUGUACAACAUUCCCAUCUGCCUGUGGCUUCUUGACUCGUAUCCCUACAACCCUCCCAUCUGUUUUGUCAAACCCACAAGUGCCAUGAUGAUAAAACCCGGGAAACACGUUGAUGCCAAUGGAAAGAUUUACCUCCCAUACCUGCAUGAAUGGAAACCUCCCCAGUCUAAUUUGUUGGGACUGAUCCAGGUGAUGAUUGUAGUGUUUGGAGAGGAACCACCAGUCUUCUCACGGCCCAGCACUCAGGCAACUUUCCCGGCAGCAGGCCCACCUAAUACUUCCUACAUGCCAAGCACACCAGGCUUGCCUUAUAGUCAAGGACACUCUGCUAAUCCAGGGGGAUUUCAGGGCUACCCUUAUCCUGCAGCAGCUUCUGGAUACCCCUCUUCCGGGUCCUCUCUCUAUACCCAGGUGUCGCCUAUUACUACAGUGGGGCCCACUCGUGAUGGUACCAUCGGAGAGGACACAAUCCGUGCAUCUUUGGUGUCUGCGGUCAGUGACAAAUUGCGCUGGCGGAUGAAAGAAGAGAUGGAUCGAGCACAGGCAGAGCUGGAUGCCCUGAAAAGGACAGAGGAGGACCUGAAGAGAGGCCACCAGAAGCUGGAGGAGAUGGUGACCAAACUAGACCUGGAGAUGGCUGAUGUGGACAAAAACAUUGAUAGCCUCAAGCAGAAAGAUGAGGAGCUGACUGUUGCCCUGGAGAGAAUGCAGAACCAAUCUGAGGACAAUGACCUCGAUGAUGUGAUUGUGCCGACCGCUCCUCUUUAUAAGCAGAUUCUGAACCUCUACGCUGAAGAAAACGCCAUAGAAGACACUAUCUUCUACUUGGGUGAAGCGUUACGCAGAGAUGUCAUUGACUUGGAUGUCUUCCUCAAGCAUGUGCGCCUUCUCUCCAGAAAACAGUUCCAGUUGCGGGCCUUGAUGCAGAAGGCCCGGAAAGUAGCAGGCCUCAGUGACCUGUACUGACCUGCCCAAAUAAAUCAUUCUCCCUCUCAGUUAUACCACGUGGUGAACUAAAUCACAGGCUUUGUGAUGUGAAAGGUGAUUGUAAUUUACCCAGGACCUAAAGCCCAAAUCUCUGUGAAACCGAGAGAUUGAAGUUUACAUUCAUAGCAU